CUGACCUAAUUUGAGACCAUCCAGCUAAGCUUGUUAUAACAAGCUAGAGACCAGUGUAUUAGAGCAUGUACUAUUUUGUGGGCUACGUAGGUAACCUGGGUGAUCCUUAUAUAACAUUCAUUCGCUGUAUCUAGCUUUUUUGCCGACCAGAUCAUUGAUCUAGCCAAUGUUGUCUAGAUGUAAUGCAUUUAGGUUAGGGCUAUGCCUAUGCAUGUCACCAACCAUCACAUAGACAGACAGCGGACGUCAGCAACGGCUCAUGGCCUGGGGUUCUGGACAGACCGUUCGGCGGUACACGAGGCAGCAGCCCAGGGAAAGGCUCUUCAGCUACAGAAGCUGAUCCAGGGAGGGGCAGCAGUUAACAUAGUGGCUGUGGACUCCAUAACCCCCCUCCACGAGGCCUGUAUACAGGGACAAACACAGUGUGUCCGGUUGCUGCUGGACGCUGGUGCUCACGUGGAUGCGCGGAACAUUGACGGCAGUACCCCUCUGUGCGAUGCCUGCGCUGCGGGCAGCCUGGAGUGUGUGAAACUACUCAUACAACAUGGGGCUACGAUCAACCCUCCGCUGUUCACCUUCUCACCCCUCCACGAGGCCUGCAUGGGGGGUAACUCUGACUGCGUUCAGCUCAUGAUAGACGUGGGAGCUCUGAUGGAGGCCCAUGACUGCCACUUCGGGACACCGUUACAUGUAGCGUGUGCCAGACAACACUUUGACUGCGCCAAGGUCCUCCUCAAUGCAGGGGCGAACGUAAACGCUGCCAAGCUCCACGAGACGGCCCUCCAUCACGCAGCCAAAGUAAAGAACGUGGAUCUGAUCGAGCUGCUGAUUGAGUUCGGUGGGAACAUAUAUGCCAGGGACAACCUGGGCAAAAAGCCCAUCAACUACACAAGUCAAGGUUCUCCCACCAAUAUCUGCCUAGAGUUCUAUGAAAAUACACCCCUCAGUCUACAACAGAUCAGCAGGAUAGCUCUGAGAACAGCACUGGGCAGAAGAGCCCUGGACGACGUGUCCAAACUGGGCUUGCCCAAUCGCAUCACCUGCUACCUCUCAUAUCAGCCACCACCAGAUCUGGACUUGGACUUUGACUACUUCUAACAAGCCCCAUCCUACUUCUAACAAGCCCCAUCCUACUUCGAACAAGCCCCAUCCUACUUCGAACAAGCCCCAUCCUACUUCUAACAAGCCCCAUCCUACUUCUAACAAGCCCCAUCCUACUUCUAACAAGCCCCAUCGUUUUUACGAGUCUGUUUUGUCUUGUGCCGAACGAUUUCACCACAUAGGAAUAAGCCUGGUCCCAGGUCUGUUUGUGUUCUUGUCAAUGCCAACUCAUUGUAAUGCUGACAUUUUUCAACCAAUUAGCAUAACAAUGGCUGAUUGCACAAACAGACUGGCACUCAGACUAGAUGGGAAUGAAGAUGCAGGGUAGCCUGGUUCCAGAUCUGUUUGCGCGUUCUUGCCAACUCCUAUUGUCAUUGUCAGGCUAAAAACACAUUGACAACGACUAUAGGAGUUGUUUUAUACAAUUACAAACAGAUCUGGGACCAGGCUAGAAGCAAGAGAGCCCAAACUCAUUUGUCUGAGUUAAGGUUUCAGUUAAACUAGAAUGAAAAGUAGGGAUAUGAAUGUAAGCUUACUGAUGUGACAGGUGUCAGCUAGCUAUGCUCGAAAGACGGAGGGCGAUACUCAAAUCUGUAUCGCCGAAGGGUUAUAUGAAGGGUUAUACGAAGGGUUAUACGAAGGGUUAUACGAAGGGUUAUACGAAGGGUUAUACGAAGGGUUACCAUCUGUAAAGGUCAUUUCUGAUUGAGCCGAGAUAUGCAGCGGUCACCUCAGUCUCUACGAUACGGAUUGAAUCUAGGCUUAAGCGUUCCCACUAAGCAUAGUCUUAUGCUUGUACCCAGAUCUAUUUGUCCCGCUUUAUGUUUGGGAUGUUGUGCCUUGCCAACUGCAAGACGGCACAAACAGAUCUGGGACCAGGCUAGUCUGUCCAACCUUUCUGAAUUCUUAAAUCUUUUAGCUAAGCUUUUAGGAUUGUGUAAAUAUCAAACAUGUAUGUUUAUUUUGAAUAAUGUGUAUAUAAACUAUGUAAAUAAUACAAAUGAUUUGAUUUAUGUAAAUUCCAUGAAUACUGUAUAUUGUCUAUUUUGAGUUUAUAAGUGUUGCAUUUUGUCUUCUUCUGUAUGGUUGGAGUGUUAGAAAUGAGGGUGUUGUCGCAGGGGUCAAGUGCACACCCCUUGAAAUGAAUUUGUUAUCAUAUUAAUUGAUUGUAUUGUUCUUAAUACUUUUUACUCUUCCAUUGUUGCUUUACUGAAAAUAAAUGAUGCACAGUACCAGU